GCAGCUGAGAGGGGACCGUCAUGGCGGUGUAGAGCGGAUUACACUCAAUGUUUACAUUCUGUUUACCGUCUCUUUUGUGGGUUUACUCCGGUUUUACCGCAACAACGCGCAUCUUCUGCGACUAACUGGAAAAGCAGGUGAGUGUGCGGCGAAUGAAGCGGCUUUAUUGGCGGGUUUCGGUGCCGGGGUGACGGUUCCGCCCUCCACAAGAACAACAACAAACAUAAACGAUAACAACACACACUCUCUCAUCAAGAUCUAACGACAGACAUUCAUAUUUAACGCUGAAUAACAUGCACACAGGAGCUGUUUCAGUCAAUGCACUGAUGUCAUGUUCUUGCAGCAGGUCGAGCUGUCAGUUUAGGCCAGUUUAAUGAUUGUCAGCCCUAUCUAGUGCACCUACCUAGACAGUAUACUUGGUAAACUGCAUUUCUGGGCAUCGUCGACACAUUCAGAGUCUUAGUUGACAGUUCACUGCAUGCACAAAACUGCUGUCUAGGUAGGGUUUGAUCUGUUCUACAAUCAACAGCUGCCAUGAUUCUUCACAUGCAGACAAUACAGAUAAUAAAUAAGUCUGUUUUUAUCUGACCUAGCUUUGCAAAUUGAUUAUUUGAUUUGUCAUGUGAGAUUAGAUCCUCUUGCAAUAGUGUCAGUCUCACUGAAGCACAAUAACAUAUCUGUCAUUAUACAUGGAUUGUUAAAAACAAACAGAUAUUCUCAGUUAAUCUGCAUAACAAGCCUUUUUGUUUGCAUAACCUUUCUUUGAUUAGUUUACUCUCCCAUCAAAUAUCGGUGUGUGUUUAACCGUAACUCUGGUCAGGUUUGACCUGCCCUUUAAAAGCUCGUGAUGCAAAACCUGUUUCAUUUUUAAUCCACCCUCCUGUUUUUUACUGGUUGACUAUGAAUUCUGAUCAGGUUAUAUAAGGUCACACAUGGCCUACUUUACUCCUGUAAGUCUGACACUCAUUAAUAAACCGUUAUAUUUAUUGCUUUAUUACAUUUGAGAAUAAUGAAUGUUGUUUUGAAGCUUCUCUGUUACUUGACUCUGUGGCUGCGUUCAGAUUGGUAACUAUUCUGCUUCCUUUCCCUUUGUUUUUUCAUAAAUAGUAUGCAAUGCCAUGAUAAAUGAAACUGAAGUAUGCUACAUUGUCACGAUCCAAAUAUGUUGCACCACAUAUGAUCGUGCAAAUAAAUAGUUCAUUUGCAUUUUCCAAAUUUGUGUAAAUGCAUGUUAUGAUCUCUUGCAGACUGUCUUUCUUUCGUUGAGCGUCUGCUCCACACGCAGAGACCGAUCCAGAACCAGAACCAGAACCAGGUCGGUCAGUGUGUUUGCCGUCUGUGGUCUGCUGAUCCUCUCUGCCCAGCCGUCCUGGGGCCAUGGUUGAAGAGGGGCAGCAGAGUUUGGAGGCCCAUGGGAGCCCCGUACCGGAGGACGAACAGGUCGUGUUCCCGCUGCUGCACGGCGAGUGUGUGGAACAUGUCGGGAGGGCAGAGGAGUCUGUCAUUGCCUUAACCAGCUACCGCCUUCACAUCAAACUCCAAGAGAACGCCGUCAAUGUCCCCCUGCAGCUGAUUGAAAGCGUGGAGUGUCGGGAUCUGACACAACUGCACCUCACCUGCAAAGACUGCAAGGUCAUCAGGUGUAACUUCCUGUCGUCGGAGCGGUGUCAGGAUUGGCUGAGGAGGAUAAGCGCAGUGGUGCGGCCGCCGGCCCGGCUGGAGGAGCUCUUCGCCUUCGCGUUCCUCUCGUGUAGCACGAGUGUGUCCGCUGAGGACAGAGAGCUGCAUGAUGGGAUCUGCCGCGCAGGAGGACAUCAGUGGAGGUUCAAGCGAGAGCUGGAGAGGAUGGGCUUCGACACCCACAGUGCCUGGAGAAUCUCCAACAUCAACAGCAACUACAGGGUGUGUACCAGUUACCCAGAGCAGAUCAUCGUGCCUGCUGUGGUCACGGACCAGGAGCUGGAGAACGUGGCCGCGUUUAGAUCCUGGAAGAGGAUCCCGGCUGUCGUUUACAGACACCAGAGUUCGGGCGCUGUGAUUGGUCGAUGCGGGCAGCCAGAGGUCAGCUGGUGGGGUUGGCGAAAUGCUGACGACGAGCAUUUGGUGCAAGCCAUCGCUAAAGCCUGCGUCACGGAUCCGGCCUCGAACGCAGCGCAGGCGAAUGGCUCACACGUUCAUCGUCACGCCAAAGCUGACUCCGAUCCUCACAUGGCCAAUGGGAACGUAGAGGUGGAGCCGAGUGCCACGCCCCCUCAGAAGCUGUUAAUAAUGGACGCCCGGUCGUACGCGGCUGCAGUAGCCAAUCGGGCGAAAGGAGGCGGCUGCGAGUGUCCAGAGUAUUAUCCCAACUGUGAGGUGAUGUUCAUGGGCAUGGCCAACAUCCACUCCAUCCGGAAGAGCUUCCAGUGUUUGCGGACUCUCUGCGCUCAAAUCCCUGAUCCGGUCAAUUGGCUGUCAGCGCUGGAGGGCACUAAAUGGCUGCAGCAUCUGUCUCUGCUGCUGAAAGCGUCUCUUCUGGUGGUGAACGCAGUGGAUCGGGACCGCAGGCCUGUGCUGGUGCACUGCUCCGACGGCUGGGACCGGACACCUCAGAUAGUGGCGCUGUCCAAACUGCUGCUGGACCCCUUCUACAGGACCAUCCAGGGUUUUCAGGUGCUGGUCGAGACCGAGUGGUUGGAUUACGGUCAUAAGUUCGCCGACCGCUGCGGCCACGGCGAGAACGCGGACGAUCUGAACGAGCGCUGUCCGGUGUUCCUGCAGUGGCUGGACUGCGUUCAUCAGCUCCAGAGACAGUUCCCAUGCUCCUUUGAGUUCAGCGAGGCCUUUCUGGUACUCAUUGUCAUUGCUUUGAUCAAUGCUUGUUCCAGGGUUUCUGCAGGUUUUAUGAAGGUGAAGUUAGCGCAGCACACGUACUCGUGUCUGUUCGGGACGUUCCUGUGCAACAGCGUGAAGGAGCGAGAGGAGCAGCGCGUUCAGGAGAAGACGUGCUCCGUUUGGUCUCUGCUGCGCCCGACGAACACGUCCUUCCACAACAUCCUCUACUCGCCGCGCUCAGAGACUGUUUUGCACCCAGUGUGUCAUGUGAGGAAUCUGAUGCUAUGGAGUGCCGUCUACCUGCCUAAUUCCGCCCCCUCCACGCCUUCUGAUGAGUCAUGUGUGCCACACUCCGCCCCCUCAGCCUCACCCGAGGACACACCUGUGAGCAGGUUACCAAAGACUCGGUCAUAUGACGACCUGCCCUCAUCGUGUGAGGGUUUAACCCCAAACCGCCGCAGCAGCGACCCCAACAGGAAGGAGAAGUGGCAGGACCACCUGCUCGGCCUGGAGAUGAGCGUGACGGCAGAGCCGGACAGAAACCACACGCAGACGUCCGAACGCAGCGCUCUCGGCUUCAACACGAACGAUUCUGAAGCAUUAAACGGGACGGAGCUUUCAGUGACUGACAGCCAAACGGAACACAUCUCACAGGAAGUGAGAGAAGAGGAUAACAGGAAGCUGGAAGUUCUAAAAAACACGCCUGCCUUCGAUGUUCCAGAUGACUUUGACAGUGAGGACCAAACGUCUGGAUCGCCUGAAGAUCACGCUGAAAAACACCCACAUAAUGAAAACACUGAGUUACCAUCAGACGGAUUACAUCUAAAUAAUCACGCCCCCUUUACUAUUACCCACGAUCCUUCAGAAUCUAGCAGCCAGUCUUCCACGGAGAGUUCUUCCAGUCCAAACCACACUCUUAACGGCGUCUGCUCACCUUCCCAGCAUCCCGUUCAUCCUCUUUCUCUGCCUUCGGCCAAUCAGGACAGCCAACAGACGUCUCCAACGUCGCCCCACAAGCCUGUCGGGCGAGGGUCCGCAGCGGCGUUAGGGCACCUGGAUACGGACGGGUUGAGUCUGCACAGCGACGCCGUACAGGUGCGUCUGCGGCAGAUGGAGGCGGGGCAUCAGCUGCAGGUGGAGACGCUGAAGAAACAGGUGCAGGAGCUCUGGAGCCGUCUGCACAUCAACGGGAAGCUGACGUCUCUGCCGGACGGGGAGAACAACCUCGAGUCUGGCUGUUUGCAGCGCUGCGGUGCCACUGAACUCCUGUCCGAAUCCAGCUGGGAACAGAUCGAGCAACAGGAAGCAGAGGUGACACAGUGGUACUCGGAUCACCCGGCGUCCCGUUGCUAUGGAUGCGAGAGGACGUUCUGGCUGGCGACAAGGAAGCAUCACUGCAGGAACUGUGGGAACGUGUUCUGCGCCAGCUGCUGCGACCAGAAGGUGGCGGUACCGAGUCAACAGCUCCGUGAGCCAAACCACGUGUGCCAGGUGUGUUACGGGCACCUCCGGCCCUCAGCCGUUCCCCCGGCGCUCCCUCCUGCUGACCUCGAGCUGGAGAAGCCCAUCACUGCCAGCUCCAACUGAGAGCGACGCAGAGCCCAAAUAAACUGACCUGAGAAGAGCCCAGAACCGGCUCAACGUCAGCGUUAAAGGGAUGUAGAUCGCCUGAAAUGAUCGUUCGGUCAUCAUUUACUCACCCUCAUGUCGUUCUGUCAUUUCACUCGGCGGCCAUCGUAGAAACACCUCUUUUUUUAUUUAGAAGGCGGGACUUAUUCUGCCAUAUUGCGAGUUGCACUUUUUCCCCAUUCAUAUUAAUGUGAGUCCACCGUCUUUGUGAAUCUCAAGUAUAUAUGACUUUCUUCUAUGGAUCACAAAAGGAAAUGUUUAACAUCCGGGGCUGGAUUCACGAAAAUAUUCCUAAGAAAUUUCUCUAAGAAGUUUGUGCAAUUCCUGAAAAGUUCUUAUGAAAUUCUCAGAUAUUUUCUUAAGAACAUCUUAAUUUUUUUUUCUCAAGAAGAAAAUGACAGACUUUUUAUCUGAUGUGUUUAUCGGAUAGCACGGCGGUUCUUGCCGAAGACUCGACGAUAAACACCUCAAAGGUCGUAUUUUUUAUAAUAAGCAAGCACACUAUUUUUGUCUCGGCUGGUUUGAUGAGAGUUCAGGGACUGGAUUCAUGAAAAUCUUCUUAACUCUUUCCUCACCAUUGACAAUUUUCCAGCUUUCCAUGUUUUCACUGUUAUAUGGUAGGGGGCGCUAUUGCACCUUCUGAAAGAGUACAGAUCAAAAGCAACACUUUGAACCAAAUCUGAGCAUUUUUUUCCCCAAAGACUACAACAUGUGCGUCAGCAAUGCUUCUAUCGCUUGUUUCUGCUUCUGUGUUUUGAUCCAGAGAUUCUGGACUCUUUCAGAAGAUGUGUAAUAGUGCCCCCUACUGUAUAACAGUGAAAACAUGGAUCGCCAGAAAAUUCCAUCAAUGGCGGGGAAAGAGUUAAGAAGUUAAGACAUUUCUUAAGACACAUUGAGAUGCUGUGAUGUGAUUGGUCCGCUGGUUAGUCCAGUUAUCCAAUCACAGCCUCGCCUGAAUUUAUUGUUGGGCAUCGAGGGAUUUAUUCAGUAAACGUUUUUCAUUGAUCGCUCUCAGCAGCAGGACGGCGUCGGGAUGUUCUUUAACAGUAUAUCGCUGCAAAGCAAUUUCCAACUUUUUAUUUCUAAACGAAGAACGAAAAAGACCUUCGCAGUGAGUAUAUCGGGUCAUUGAAACGUACGGGACGUGUGCACGAGUAAUACGUUUCUGGCUGCAGUUCACUUAACGGCCACCGGUGUCGCUAAUAACAACGUUUAAUCAAAAUAAAACUGAAAUCACGAUACAGCUUAGUGCGAUUUAAAUAUUACUAAAUUUAAAAUUUAUUCAAAGUCACGUCACACAUAAUCAAUCUUCAGAAAAUUCAUGCACAUCUCUCUCUCUCUCUCUCUCUCUAUAUAUAUAUAUAUAUAUAUAAUUAAUAGUAAUUUGCAUCAUAUGUAGCAAGUGUUAUAUGGUAAUACUUGAUAUUACAAGACAAAUUGGAGGUUAUGCUAACUUUAAGAAGUUAUGCAUGAUGAUUUUUAAGAACAUUAUUUUCAGAAAAUCACAAAUUUUGACCUUAGAACAUUCUUAAAUGUUUUUUGGGAAUACAAAAUAUUCUUAGCUUUACUCUUAAUGUUUCGUGAAUCCACUCCCCGAUUAUGUUUUGAUUAUUUUUUUGGUCAUGCUUAAAAAGAAAUCAUAUACAUAGUUCAUACAUAUAGUGCACUAUUGAACGUAUGCAAAUGAGAUUUGAGAUCUGAAAGUUGAAUCUGGCUCAUCUCAGGCAGAAGUUCUUCAGACAUGUUGCGCUGAAGAAAGAAACGAACAGGUUUGAGGGUGAGAAAAUGAUGACAGAACUUUAAUUUCUGUGAACUAUUCCUGUAGUACUUUAAUCAUCUUCUCUGGACCCCGGAUUGAUUCGGUCUGACUUUGCAGAUCAGAAACGAGGAGCGCCGGAGGAGUUUUGCACACUUGAAUCUGUGUACAUGAGAUUUGUAUGUAUAUUAUGUCACGUGUACAGCCAAUGCAAUGAACGCUUGACGGACUAAAUGAAGCUUGAUGAACUUGAGCAAUACGCACAGGAUCUUAAUCGGAGAAGAUCCGUGUGACGACAUCUCAAACGUGUCUGCUGUCGCUUUGCUGUCUGGUCGAGGGGCGGGUUGUAUUUGCCCUGAUGAAAUCUCCCACAAUGCAAUGCUGCUGUCUUUCCUCUCUGUGUUGGACAGAGUUUGUACGAGCUGCUGCUGCUAACGCUGUCGCUUAUGGAGCCUGCGGCAUCUGUGUGAAUGAAUUAAAGCACAACACACUGCCAACCUGA